GGACAUUUGUUAGUCAUUGGAGUCGUGCCCUCUUGACUGCCACAUGCUAGUCAUGCUUUCUGAAAGUUGAAGUCUGUACUUUAAAAAUUGACCGUAAAAAUGCCGAAAAAGAAGACGGGGGCGAGGAAGAAGGCAGAGAAGAUGAAGGAGAGACAGAGGGGAAUCCGGUCUGCCAGCCGUCCACUUGCUGAUAGACCCUGUAAUUCAAUAAUGGAGUGUGACCAGUGUAAAAGAGUUCAGAAAAAUCGGGCAUUUUGCUAUUUUUGCAGUGCUUUACAGAGACUGCCUAUUUGUGGAGAAUGUGGCAAGCAGAAAUGUAUGAUGAAGACUGGAGACUGUGUGGUAAAACAUCCUGGACAAUUCACAACUGGUCUUGGAAUGGUGGGUGCUAUCUGUGAUUUUUGCGAGUGCUGGGUGUGUCACGGCAGAAAGUGCCUCACCACACAUGCAUGCACAUGCGUCUUGCGAGAUGCAGUGUGUCAGGAGUGUAAACGUGGAGUAUGGGAUCAAGGUGGUAGAAUGUUCCAGUGCUGUUACUGCAAUAAUUUCAUGUGUGAAGAUGACCAGUUUGAGCACCAGGCCAUGUGCCAGCAGAUAGAGUCCGACUCUUACAAGUGUAACUCUUGUAACAAACUAGGGCAGUACUCCUGUCUUAGGUGUAAGAUCACUUUCUGUGAUGAGCAUGUCAAAAGGAAAGGUGUCAAGUACAACAAAGGUCAACCUCUACCUUGCCCCAAGUGUGGCUUUGAGACCCAAGAAACAAGGGAGCUUAGUAUGUCCACACGUAAUUACAACUUUGGUCGCAUAGCCAAUGGAGGCGAGGAUGAGGACGACGAUUAUGAGGGAGGAGCAUAUGGCGGAUUUUACGGAUAUGGAGGAUCCUAUGGUGGUGGAGGUGGAGAUGAGGAUUCUGAGGAGGAGGAGGAAGAAGAAGACGAAGAGUCUGAGGAAGAAGACAACACUGAAAAAGAAGAUAAAGAUGAUGAGGCAAUACCAGCUGAAGAAGCAUCCAAAUUGACCAUUCAAGACUAAGUUGAAGAAGAAGUGAUCUGGCCUUAGAAAAAAAUUCCUUUAAGAACCACAUUUUGAGUCAAAAUCUUGAUUUUACUUAGAUUUAGCUGAUGAAGUAUUUCACUAAGAACCUUAAAGGCUGCUUCCUUUGACUUUUUGGACUUAAAACUUGGCCCCUUAAAUAAGUUAUUAUCCUUUUAAUGAGGGUUUUAUUCUCAGGGGUGAGAGUAGCCCAUUUAUUUAUGUCAAAGAUUUUGAUAUACAAAUAUGAUCACAAAGUCAGCUAUCUGAUUUAAGAGGUCUAAGCUAACAGAACCAAAGAUUUUUCCAUCGUUAUGAUCCUAAAUAAAAGCUUGUUCUUUUGGAUUUUACAUUAAAUUUUGUGUAGAAAUGAAUUUAAUUAUGGACAAAUGGUCAGAUGUGCUUUUGUGAAAAUGUUGUUUUUUUCCAAGGGAAAGUGCUGCAUGCUUCCUGGUGCUUCGCCAUUUCAGUUGUUACAAUAUUUAAGUCGGGCAUUCAUAAGUUUCCCUGUUUGUGACUAUAGUUUGGAAAAUUAUCCAAAAUAGUCUUCAAAAAUGAAAGCCCUGUAGUCACUUAUUUGUUUUAUUUGAAACUACAAAGGGAAUUAAAGGGAACUUCUUGUUUGUUGAAGACAUUUUGUGAAUAAAUAUAUAUUUAAAACCACCGAAAUAAAUGAAGAACAUGCAUAUG